GCUAUGUCCUGGGCGCUCUGUGCAGCCACAGACAGCUGAGUUAGAUCGAAGGCUACUGCAGCAUCAGGUUGUUCUCCAACAACCAGGAACUAUCUGAGGAAUCAUCAUGGGAAACUGCACCUCUGGGCUAAAGAAGAAGAAAAAAGGGAAUAUUACACCUACCGAUGGAAGCAACGAGAACAAGCCCAACGAGGAUGUAACGUACGCCUCCAUCAACCACCCCACUGCCCAAGGAUCAAGACAGGACAAAGUUGCCAAUGAACCCAAAGUUGACAAUGACUGUGACUACGCUACAGUUAAAAUCCCAGAAGUACCGCAAAUUGACAAUGACUGUGCCUACGCCACAGUUAAAAUCCCAGAAGAAGUUCAAGCAGAUUCCCACUCCGAGUCAUCCAAAGACGAUUGUCCAGACGAUUAUGUGCUCAUGGCCUAAAGAGAAGAUGAGCUCAUUAGGACACGUUUGUCCACGCCCUGGAGGAGAUCUGCCACUCAUGAACUGUAAGAGUUUACAGAUGACUGCAUUUUUAAUACCAAAGAGAAACUGGAAAAACUGAAAACAGCAACAGCAGGCAGUUGUCGGGAUAUUUAACUGCAAGUUUGUACUUGAGGUUUGGUUGUCUCUAAAGAGACUGUGACUGCAAUAACGCUUCUGGAAACAGAACAACAAAUAUAAGGGGACUUGGUAUUUGAUAUUUGGUAAUUAAAAGCAGCUUUGACUCAACAUGUCAACCAGCUUCCUAUUAGGUAUAGGCCAGUGUAAAAUAUUAUAGCAUCAUUGCCUUGAUUAAAAAAUUCUACAGUUUCACAUUAAGAAGUUUAUUAACACAAGCAUUUAAAACUCAAUAUUUUCUAAAGCAUUUAGCUGUUUGACUUAUUGCUUUAGUUAAACAACUUACCAGCCAGCUUGUAGCUUGCCAAUGUUGGUUGUGAAGGAGCGACACCCUGACAAGACAUAGGGGAGAUCUAAUUAUAAUUGAACUUUAUUGAUCACACAAGUGAGAAUUUCACUUCUGCAUCUUAACCCAUCCCCUUGGGGAGCAGUGGGCUGCUACUGUGCGGCGUCUGGGGAGUAAUCAGGUUUUAAGGGUCUUGCUCAGAGGACCCAGAGUGCCGGCUGUGGGGAUCAAACCAGGCACUUGCAACCUUCUCAGAGCGUAAGCGCACUGCUCUAACCACGAGGCCACCUCUCCACACCUACUUCUAUUCUGUUCUGACCUCACUUCUGUUUCAAUUUGGCUCCGUUUGAUCAGCAACUCCAGCACCUUUUAUGACAUCUCACAUUUAAAAAAGCUUUAAAAAAAACAAGAGCAGUAUGAUGGAAAUUUUGAGCAGUUUUGAAAUCACUGGAUACUUCCAUAUGAGUAAAGGGCCUGUGCCUGUUUUAUUUGCUCACUCAUCUUAGCUACGCCUUAUCUGAAUGAAUGAAAUGUUCAAAGCCUUGACACAAGGAAGGCCUUUGUGAAUUCAAAUUUAGUUUUUUUCUAGGAAAAAUAAGCCGGCACGACCCUUCCUGAGUUGACUCUUGGCUAACUGCAAGUAGUACUUUUAACGGAAAGCAAAUGGAGCUGAAGCAGACUGCAGGUGGUGUCAGUGUGAGUCGACUGUCUGAGAAUCCCAAAGCCACUACAGGUCCAGCUGCUUAGAUUGAAAUAUUUAUGCUGGUUUCUUCUGACUGUGUUUCUGCUUCUAAAAUGGCUGAAUUGGUUUUACUUUUAUUGAGGGGGGGGGGGCUGUUUACGGCUCUACCAAAUGAGUGAAUUUGAAUUUACAUAACGAGUGUAUUUGUUGGCUGACGUGGGUGGAACUUCUGCUGUGACUAUAAAUAUUCUGAUGCAGAUGGAUGUUUGAUCUUUAUCUGUCUUUUUGCCUUCCGUGCUGUUGAAACAGAGCACCCAUAGUUUGCUCCACUUUUAACCAAAGUUACACCACAUCUGAAACCUCCUAUCGAGCUGCAACAAACAGCCUUCACUGACAAUAUUAACAAAGUCCAAUUUUCCUCCUAAACAUAUUUGCCAUGUUAUCAAAUUUAUCAAAAAGGAGAAUGCUUUUAGCACAUAUAGUAUCUCAUUUAUUUCAUAUUGCUCCUGAGAACUUCUACUUACUUCCUGAAUGUACUACUGACAGCUUUACAUAUAUAUUUUUAUAUUUGUAUGUACAUAUUGCAAGUUUUUUUUUUUUUAAUCUGUAUUCAUCUUGGGUGGCACAUGGAUUAUUAUUUAUGCUGGACUAGAUGUGUAUAAAAUUAAUUUAGAUAACUUUACUUUUUUCACAAUUUAUAGUAAUUAAAAGUUUCUGGAGUAAGUGCUUUGCAAUCAAGUCAUAUGAAUUAUCUUCAUGUUUAAAGUAAUUAACAUAUAUUCAAAUAAUUGCCUUCAUUAAACAUUAAAAACAUUACUGAACACCAA